AACCACAUUUUAAUAUUAAGGUUAUUAUUGUGAAAGAAAUACCGUUAUGGCAGCUUUGGUUUCAUGUUGUUUUGGCUGUUGUGGAGACAAUAACAGGGGCCACGUAACACUGAAGGAAAUGCCCACGGUUCAGCUGGACACUCAUCACAUGGGUACUGAUGUUGUCAUUGUAAAGAGUGGAAGACGCAUAUGUGGAACUGGUGGUUGCAUUGCAAACGCCCCUCUCCAUCAAAACAAGAGCUACUUUGAGUUCAAGAUUCAAUCCACAGGUGUCUGGGGAGUAGGAGUGGCAACACAGAAAGCAAAUCUGAAUCAGAUCCCUAUGGGUAGAGACCCACGCAGCCUUGUGCUCCGGCAAGAUGGCACCGUGUACCACAACAAUGAAGAAAAGAACCGAUUACCUGCAAACAGCUUACCGCAGGAAGGAGACAUUGUGGGUGUUACGUAUGACCAUGUGGAGCUGAAUUUGUACCUAAAUGGGAAGAAUAUGAGCUGUCCAGCAUCAGGCAUUAGAGGAACUGUUUAUCCUGUAGUUUAUGUUGACGAUAGUGCAAUAUUGGAUUGCCAGUUCAGUGACUUCUAUCAUCCUCCACCGCAAGGCUACCAGAAGAUUCUGUUUGAGCAACAGAUCUUCUAAAGUUCAUGGUGUGCUGUAUAUACACUAAAGAAAUGUACUCCACAGCCAGGAAUCUAAGUGCUAUGUUAUGACUGAACUCUUGACGAUUGUGUGGCUCAGCCUACUGAAAGUUGAAAUAAUGUCAUCAGUGAUUUUGACUCGUGUAACACUGACACAUAUCUGACCAUUUCUACUCAGUUUAAAAAGUCAUCCUAUGUCUUUCAGAUGAACUCUGUUAUAUCAUCUGUGCAUCAAUGAGCUGUGCACUGAUCUCAAA